UCUCAACCCUUGUUUUAAGAUUUUAGAGAGAGAAAGUAACACCAAACGGCUAUUAUUAUUGACGGUUCGAACUCCUCUCAACCUGCAAAAACACCCCACAACACACACCAUCUUCAACGGCUCAAAAACCACCCCAAUUACCACCCUUUUUUCUCUCUCUUCUCCUGUUUUGCUUCCAUUUUUCACACAAUUUCUCAACUCUGUCAAUAUUAACAGAAACAGGUGAUUAAUUUUUGGGCGCCCAUUUCAUUAAUUUCUGGCAAUUUUAUGGAUUUUUGUAAUUUGGGUUUUAAAAUUAUGGCUGAGGGUUACUAUUAUUCGAAGAAAACUGAUGCUAUUUGUAAUGAUAUUUGUGGCCAGGGAAUUCGAGGCGGGGCAAUGAUGUCAAGAUUAAAUUGUAUUGUUAGAGGAAUUGAUAUGAAGACCCUUCUUCUAAGUUUUGUGCUGAUCCCACUGUGUAUAUUUGGUGUUUAUCUUCAUGGUCAAAAGAUUACAUAUUUCCUUCGACCGCUAUGGGAUCACCCUCCGAAGCCUUUCACUGAAAUCACUCAUUAUUACAAUGAGAAUAUGACAAUGGAUACUCUAUGCAAGCUUCAUGGUUGGGGAAUUCGUGAUUAUCCUCGUAGAGUUUUUGAUGCGGUUCUAUUCAGCAAUGAGGUGGAUAUGUUAGAAAUCCGUUGGAACGAAUUGUAUCCUUUUGUCACUCAAUUUGUUCUAUUGGAAUCAAAUUCUACCUUCACAGGCAUACCAAAGCCGUUGUUCUUUUUUAUUAAUCGUGAAAAGUUCAAGUUCAUUGAACCAAGGCUAACUUAUGGUACAAUAGGAGGAAGAUUUAAGAAAGGGGAGAAUCCUUUUAUUGAGGAGGCAUAUCAAAGAGUUGCUCUUGAUCAGCUUCUCCGAAUUGCUGGCAUUGAGGAGGAUGAUUUGCUAGUAAUGUCUGAUGUUGAUGAAAUUCCUAGCAGACACACGGUGGAUUUGCUGAGGUGGUGUGAUUAUGUUCCUCCAAUUCUUCAUCUACGGCUCAAGAACUAUUUAUACUCAUUUGAUUACCACGUAGAUGACAAUAGUUGGAGAGCUUCAAUCCACAGGUACAAACCUGGAGUCACUAGGUAUGCACAUUUUCGACAGACUGAUCUUCUCUUGGCAGAUGCUGGGUGGCAUUGUAGCUUUUGCUUUCGGCACAUAUCAGAUUUCAUAUUCAAAAUGAAGGCAUACAGUCAUACGGACCGUGUCAGAUUUUCACAUUAUUUGAACCUUAAGAGGAUUCAGGAUAUUAUAUGUAAAGGGACAAACCUGUUUGACAUGCUUCCUGAAGAAUAUACAUUUCGCGACAUGAUUGGGAAAUUGGGUGCAAUCCCUCGCUCUAAUUCUGCUGUUCAUCUUCCUUCUUACUUACUACAGAAUGCAGAAAAGUUUAAAUAUCUUUUACCGGGAAAUUGCAUUAGAAGAAGUGGCUGAGUUUUCAAGGGAAAACUAAGAAAUUUUUGUGUACAGAGAAACUAUGCAGUUUAUAUGUGUUUCAUGUUGUUGCUGACAUGUUCUGAAUGCUGUAACUCAUCGCAUGACCCCUCGCAUCUUGUAAAUUUUUAGUGUUAAUACUUGUAUUACUUAGGGUCUCAUUCUAUAUUUGACGCUAGUGUUGAGGAAGUUUUUUUUUUUUGGGUACAUUUGGUUGAUUGUUGUGAUGAUAGAAUCCACAUUCUCUGUGUUUUUUUCAUCACAUUGGGAGGAUUUGAUUUAUGAUAAGAGUCUGAUUUAUUCAUUUAUGCAUGAAUGUGACUUGAUUUUUUGAACCUUA